AUGGGAAGAAGGGCCAAGGCUCACAUAGGGCCAAAAGGCACAGCGGCAAAGAACCCAGCGGCAAAGGCUGCAGCGCAGUCUGGGGCAACCGCAGACGCGGCUGCUGAAGGUUCCGUUGUGGGGGCGGGGCCCCAGCUACCAAGUGGAUCCUCUUGGAACGCUGAUUUGUUGACGAGUUUCAGGGUGGCCUUGGAGGAGCUCCAGGAGGUUUGGCCAGGAAUCAAAGACGAGGAACCCGUGAGCAUAGCCGAUGGAGGAGCACAGGCGGUGUUUGACAUCAAGCAGGCCAAGCAAGCCUUGGGAAAAGGGAUCAACGAGGAAUACCGCUGCGCGCAGAAUUUCUUCAGGAGUGACCUUUUGUUCAACCCGGACCCAAACGUGCCCAUUCGGUCCCAUGCUGUGGACAAGAUCUCGGAGUACUACUAUGCCAACUCCAGCGAUGCUGGCCGAGCCCUUCGAAUGCGUUGUGCCAAAGAACUGGUUGGAUGA